UGAGUUGUGAGUAUGUGACUCGUCUAUAAAUUCCACUGUUUUUAUCGUUGUACCAACACAAGCUAUCAAAAAAUUUACCAACAAAACAUCAACUAGAGAGAGAAAAAAGAUGGAAUCGGAUUAUUUAUGCCCGCCUGGGAAGCUAAGCUGGCCGGAAUUGGUUGGAAAGAAUGGAGAAGAAGCAGCUGAAAUAAUUAAGCAAGAGAAUCCUCUUGUCGAUCCCAUUGUUUGGGAUAAAGGAUAUCCACCAGGUGAUAUUUUGAAUUUGCAACAAGGGUUGUGUCAAAUUGUUGAUGGAUCUAGUUGGAAUUAUGCAAUCUUUUGGCAAAUUGCUAGCUCUAAAAAUGGUAAGGCAGUGUUGAUUUGGGGGGAUGGGCAUUGCCGUGAUCCGAAGGCGGUAUUAGCUAGAGAGAGUUUAGAUGGUGGGAAUGGGAAAUUUGGUAAAAAUGAGGCUAAAAAGAGGGUUCUUGAGAAGCUACAUGCUUGUUUUGGGGGAUCAGUGGAGGAUAAUUUUGCUGCAACAUUGGAUAAAGUAUCAGAUGUUGAGAUGUUGUAUCUUACAUCUAUGUAUUAUUGGUUUCGGUUGGACUCUUCUUUGGGUCCUGCAAAAUCCUUUACUAGUGGCAGGCCAAUUUGGGUUUCGGAUGUUAGGAGUUGUUUAGAUCAUUACCAAUCGCGUGCACACUUAGCGAAAUCAGCUAUGUUUCAGACGGUUGUGUUCGUGCCUGUGAAAACUGGAGUUUUAGAGUUGGGUUCUGUGAGAACUGUUAUGGAAGAGCAUAGUUUGGUGCAGAUGGUAAAGACUGUAUUUGGUGAAUCACAUUCUUUUCCGGCCAGAGCUUCCCCUAAAGUUUUCGGGCGUGAUCUUAGUCUUGGUAGUGGUUCUAGACCACGCUCAAUGAACAUAAGUUUUGCCCCAAAGAAGGAAGAUGAUGGCUCAUUUUCUGCAGAAUCUCAUGUUGCUGGGAGUGAUAUGGGUCCUAAGAAUAUAUUUGGGUCACCUUCUAAUGGAAAGCAUGGUGAACAUGGUGACAAGAAACUCUUUUCAGAGAUCAAUUUUGGGGGAUCGAAUCCAGAGACUGAUUUCCCUGCGUUAGAUGAGGCCAGUGAAGAGUUUUUGUUGCAUGCUGCUGAACUAAGAGCACGUAAGAGACCAGUUAGGAGACCAGCUAGUGGGAGAGAAGAAGCAAUGAGCCAUGUUUUAGCAGAAAGACAAAGACGAGAGAAGCUUAACCAACGGUUCUAUGCAUUGAGAGCUGUUGUCCCAAACAUCUCUAAGAUGGACAAGGCGUCACUCCUUCUUGAUGCCAUUUCAUACAUUAACGAUCUCCAAACAAAGAUCAGUGCGCUUGAGGCUGAAAAGGAGGCUGCUAAUCCCAAGCAGGAGGAACUUCCUAUCCCAGAGAUUGAUUUUCAGGCAAGGCAAGAUGAUGCACUUGUUCAUGUUAGUUUCCCUCUUGAUGAUCACCCUGUUUCUAAAGUCGUAAGAACUUUGAGGGAACAUCAACUUGUCGCACUAGAGGCCAAUGUUAGUACAGCAGAUGAUAAGAUGGUUCAUACAUUCAAAAUCCGAGCUCAAACUGAAGGGGCUGAGAAUCUUAAGGAGAAGCUAGAGACUGCUCUUUCCAAAUAAACUACAAUAGGAGAAAGUUUAAUUGUAUAAUUAUUCUUUGUUGUAUAAUCAUAAUUUAAAGUACCACAUGUUUCAGAUGACGUUUUGAUUUUCUUCCGUAAUCAUCUGUUUAUGGUUUACUAUCUCCUCCUCAGAGUUUUAGUAGAUUAUGUGUGCGAUGUUAAUUGAACCAAUCAACACCA